GGACGUGUCUCACAAAAACUCGACUUUCCCGAUAAAAAUUACCUUAAAUUACCGAAAAUGUCAUCAGAUUGGGACGAAAUCAAGCGUCUAGCUUCAGAUUUUCAAAAAGUGCAGUUGACUUCCUCAGCACAAAAACUUUCCGAGAGAAAUUGCAUCGAAGUUGUCUCACUUUUGAUCGAAAAAGGUCUCAUCGAUGUAAUUUUCACGAACGACGGCAAGGAAUAUUUGACAAACGAGCAGCUGGAAAGAGAAAUCAACGACGAACUUUUUGUCAGCGGUGGUCGUAUCAACUUGGUCGAUCUUUCGCGCAUCUUGAAUGUCGAAUUGCAACGCGUAACAAUCGCCGCCGAGCGAGUAGUGGCGGAAAAUUCCUCAAUUCGGAUGAUUUUGGGCCAGCUAAUUGACGAAACGUACAUUCAACGAAUUGCUGCGGAAAUUAACGAAAAACUCCGUCAAAUGGGGGAAUUAAAUGUGGCCGAUAUCACGGUGAGUUACGACUUGCCCUCGGAUUUCUUGUUGCGCGAAGUGAUGGAAAAGUAUUUGGGCUCGUUGAUUUACGGGAAGCAAGACGCUUCGGAUCCGCGAAUUUUCUUCACGCAGUCUUACGUGCAGCGAUGCAAGGCAAAAAUUCGUGGCGCACUUUCGGGAAUCACAGUUCCGACUGCAGUUUCGGCGAUUUUGGCACAAGGCGGGAUAAAAGAGCGGAUUUUCUUCACGUUAAUUAAGGAAGUGCAUGUUCAAGGCACGUUGACGUCUCGAAAUGUCGAUGCCCAGUACAUUCCGCAUAUUUACACAAAAAUGCAGUCCGAUUGGGUGAAAAAUUUCUACAAGCAAAACGGGUACCUGGAAGUGACGUUACCCGGUUUGGGUGUCUCCGACCCAAAAUCCUUCAUCCAAUCGCAACUCGCGGGCGAAAAAUUCAAACAGCUGAGCAGCGUCGUCGUCGAUCAGCGAAUUAUCGAUCAAGUUGCCUCGUCAUUGGACGAAUGCAUCUCCACCGCUAGCUAUUUAGACAUUUCCACAAUUGUCCCGCAAACGUUCACCGAAAAAGACUACGACCAGCUAAUUUCGCUGUGUUUGACGCCCGCCAUGCGCAAAUCCACGAUGAUGUUCGGCAGCACGAUCAUUACGACGAAAUAUUUGGACGAGCUGAUUAAACCGUGUCACGAAAUUGUCAAGGCGAAAGCGAAGGAAGCCAUCGAUUCGGGAACUUACCAGAAAUACGUGAUCGAGAAACAAAUGGCGCAAGUGAAAAAAGACGAGAAAGAUGACGCGGUGCAAGAUGCGAAAGUAGACAAACGUGAGGAACGCAGGAAAAAAGCGGCGGGAGGGGCACAAGGAGGAGGCGCUCAGGGACGAGAGACGAAAACAAAAUCCACGAAAAAGCAUUCGCGGAAUAAUCGAAGACAGGAGUCGGAUUCGGAAGAAGAGGAGAGCCAAACGAACAAUAAUAGUGGGAAAAAUAAGAAAAAGGAACCGACGAUUACUUUGUUGAACACGAAUGACAUUAAAAAGGCGAUCGUGAAGCCGCUUGAGGAAGAGGGACUUGAGGAUUUGGCAGGAGAGAUUGCGGCGCAUUAUUUCCCACAACUCAGCAAAACGGCCCUCGCAUUGACGCAAGAACUCUUCGAGAGCACGCAGCAAAACAAAACUCAAAAUCGCCGUCAAACCCACGCCGCCUUGCAGGACAAACUCAACACCCUCACGAACGACAUUCGCUUGUACGAGAAAGGCUUAAAACUUUUUUCGGCCGACACCCAACCGCAACUCGUCAAAUACUUGUUAAAAUCCCUCGGAAACGACAUUUGCAACGAACUUGCCUUGUACAUUGCGAACGAAAGCAAUCUCGCAACAAAUGGAAACACCUUGACACCGGAACAACGUCUCAAAAUUGCACAAGAAGCGGAAAAAGAAUAUCGCGGUCCCUUACAAGCCUUAAUAAAAACUUUAUCGGGAACUUCCAUCGAUGAAUUUGUCGCAGCGACAGAAAAUUGCUUGCAAUCCUGCAGCAUGAUACUGAAAAAAGUCGACAAAAAGAAGGAUCGCACGUUAAUUUUGUGUCACAAACACGAAUUAUUGGAACAAUUGAACAACGCAACGGAUCCGGCACUCAUUUUGCAUCUGGCGACAUUGGUAAUUUUUACCGUAGCCACGGGAAAUAUCUUGCAUGCCUCCGGGAGACACGUUUCCGCCAUCCUGAGUUUCUUACAAAGUCAUCUUAGUCCCGAACAGAGCAAGGUUUUGAUGGAAUAUCACGAUUUGGUGCUGAAAAUGUUGAGUAGCGAGAACGGAGACGAGGCAAAAGCUGAGCUGGAACAACUUGAAACGGGCGUCAAAGAGAUCGCACAAACUUUUAAGAAGCCCGGCGUCGUUCAAGCUGAUUAAAUUCGCAAAAAUUUUACUCUAACGGGGUUACUUUAUUACUUCUUAUACGAAAAAAAUAUAUUUUUUUGUUUGUUUGUUUCGUUACAUAAAAA